UGCCUCGAGAAACAGCGACUCAAGAGAUGGAUUCUGUAGCAGAGUACCUUAGCGUACAGAGUAUGACUUUAGGAGACUGGUUCCAGUAACUGGCAUGCUUUCAGAGCUGAAUUAAAGACAUUGUAGCGUUUCUCUUACGGUAAUAUUUGGGGUUGUUUACAAAGUGGAGGAGCGGCAGCGGCUGGUCUCGUUAGCAACUGUCGCACGCGCAGUGUAACCACGGAAACACAACUAUCAUGGCGCCGCGACCGUUUAAAUCACAAACCUGCCACACAAUUUUGUAAAAAUGGAAGACCAAGCAAUGACUAAAACUCGACCUAAUUCAUCAGAGUCUCCGACCGAUGUAACAGUGUUGACAUCCCUCGUCUCACCGAACCCGCAGAUCCCCACAAAGCCUGUCAAGCCCCCACAGAGCUGCGGAUGUGUCUCCUGACUGUGGUUCGGAUGUCCGGAGUCCCUCACAGACCCGGUGCGCCAGGAAGGAGUUCAUAAUGAUGUCUCCAGAAGAAAAGCUCAAACACUUUGACAGCCAGGCCCAGGCCAGUGAGAACAACCAGGAGUUUGAUGCUUCCAUUCAGGAUCUGGUGCGUUGCGUGGCUCUGACAAGGCUAGUAUAUGGGGAGGGACACCUGAAACUGGCCCAGGCCCAUGCCAGGCUGGCUAAAGCAUAUUUCUGUUUCAAAGGCUGGGCAUUGCAGGCCCAUGAGCACUCAGUCCUGGCCAAAGAACUGCUACCAUUCUGCUCUUCCAUCACCUCCUGCAAGCCUGAAAAGUUAGAGGUUCUCACAUGUCUCCUGACCAUACACCUCACACAGGGAGGUGCUUCACUUCUUACAGACAAUUUGGUGGAGGCAGAAUCGUCUUUCCUGGAGGCGGAACACAUCGUCGAUGAGCUUCAUCAACACAGUGCUGUCAGCCAGGAAGAGAAGAUAAAGACUCAGUUGGAAAUCUCUACUGGUCUAUGCAGGGUCUAUAAGAGGCAGAACAGACCAGAGGCAGCCUUGAGCCAGUGUGAGAAGUCUCUGCAACUGCUGAAGGACUGUAAUAAGCCAGAAAAGGCUUGCUCUGUCUAUAAGGACAUGGCCACCAUUGAACAAGACAGAGGUCAUUUGGACCGAGCCAUAGAGCUUCUUUCCAAGGCUCAUUCCAUUGCUAUGAGUCACAACCCAGAGGAGCUAGAGGGGGCUCAGAUCUCCCACAGCCUGGCCCUCAUCCUUUCUGCUGCAGCAGAGCCCCAUCACAAUGACUCUGCAGGACACUACUUUGAGCAGAGUCUAAGUGCAUACAGGAAGUGUACAGGUCCACAGGAUCCAGUCUUUCUUAUUGCCCAGGACGACUUUUGCCGCUUUCUCCUCACGAAUGGACAGCAAGAGAAGUGUGUAGAGAUCCAGAGAACCAGUCUUGAUUCUAAAAGAUCUGCAUUUGGUGAUGUGAGUGCUGAAGUUGCAGAAACCCUUCUGCUUAUUGGAAGUGUGGAAAUGACUGAAGGCAAGAUGAACCAGGCCCACAGGACAAUGACAAAGUGCCUGAAGAUCCAGAGUUUGUUGUAUGGUCCUCAGCACAAGAAGACAAAAGCUGUACAGAAGGCUGUGGACAUGCUUGCUCGGGCACCAGAGGUGGCUGAGAGACUGCAGAGGCAAGGUAGAAGGAAAACAGUACCUCCCACUUUUCCACAUGUACCAUCCAGUGGUAACGAUGAACACUCCAUGUCUGACUCUUAAAUUUUCAUUUCUUUUUUUGUCACUACAAUAAUGUUAAAAGUGUGCUGUUUUUUGUGUGUGUUUAAAAAGUAUCCGUCAUGAAUAUGCAGGUAACUGCCACUGCCUAAAAUCAGUUGCUCAUUAUUUCAACUUAUUUGACCUGUUUUUGUCAUUUUGUGCAUCAGGUGAAAUAAGAUGGCCUUAAAGAAAUACUCACACAAAACAUGCCCACAAUAUGUUUUAAUGAUGUUAAGAUAUUAAUUAAUUUUAGUAGGGGCUGGAACCAAUGUCAACCAAAGCAAACUGUCAUUUGUACAGAAUACAAAUUACAAUGUCAAUAAAAUCGUUGAUGUUG